AUGGCGGCCUGCGCUUCCAAAGUUCUCUUUGUUCUUGCUCUCUUGUUUGUUUCUACGUACGCGGAGAGCAGAAGAAAGACUCCUAACAAGGAGGAGGACUUGUUUCAAGAACUUAAUGAUGCAGAUCUCAAUAAAAAACAAAAGUACUCCGAUGGCAAAGCAUUGGGAAAUAAUACAAUUUUGAAGGCGAAAUCUGAAAGAAAAUUAGCAGAGAGCGCACAAUCAGUAGAAUUACCAGCCGGAGUAUUCAAUGGAAAAUGGGAGCUGGCAUCUACGAGUUCUGGUGUCUCAGCUAUGCACGCUAUCUUGCUUCCCAAAAUCAGCAAGGUCUUGAUGUACGAUGCCACAAUUUGGAAGCAAUCAACGAUUGAAUUGAGCCCUGAACAGCGGCCUUGCCGUACGGUGGAUGAAAAAACCCAAGAAGUUGAUUGUUUUGCCCAUUCAGUCCUGUUUGACCCUAAUACAGCACAACUCAGAACACUCAAGCUUACUACGGAUACAUGGUGCUCAUCAGGAGGACUCUCAGUGAACGGAAACUUGGUUAGCUCAGGGGGUGACAAAGGAGGAGCACCCACUGUGCGAUAUCUUGAGUCAUGUGAUACUUGUGACUGGAAAGAAUACCCCAAUUCACUUGCAGAUGGGAGAUGGUAUGCAACGCAGGUGACUUUAGACGAUGGUGCGUUCAUAGUGGCCGGUGGGCGUGAAGUCUAUAGCUACGAAUACAUUCCACCGCCGGGGCAAACAAAUAAGAUUUCAAUUCCCUUCGACUUUCUCAAACAAACCAGAGAUGUAAUACCUGGCAACGAAAAAGAAGGCGAAUUUGUACUUGAGAAUAAUUUAUAUCCUUUUCUCCACCUUGCUCCCGAUGGUAACGUUUUCUUUUUUGCCAAUAACCGUUCCGUCUUGCUCAACCCAAGAACAAACCAAAUUCUCCGAGAGUAUCCAGUUCUGCCAGGUGGUAGCCGUAGCUACCCCGCAUCAGGAGCCUCCGCUCUCCUCCCCAUAAAACUUGACCCUGUUAACACUAACAACGUCAAGGUUGAAGUCCUCAUUUGCGGGGGAGCACCACACGAUGCAUAUAAAGUUACGGACAUGAUUAAGAAAAGACCUUUUCCAUUUGCACUCAAAGAUUGUGGAAGAAUGGAUAUCACGGCUCGUGAUCCAGUUUGGGAAAAGGAAGAAAUGCCAAGUCCUCGCACGAUGGCCGAUAUGUUGAAUCUUCCCAAUAACGAUAUGCUAAUCAUUAAUGGUGCCGAAAGAGGUUGUUCCGGAUGGAAUGAUGCCACUGAUCCCAAUUUUACCCCAGUAUUAUAUUCUCCAAGCGCACCCAAUGGCAAAAGGUUUAAGGAGUUAGCCAAAACAGACAUUCCAAGAAUGUACCAUUCAGUUGCUACUGUUCUUCCCGACGGAAAAAUUCUUGUUGCAGGGAGCAACACUAAUAAUGGAUAUGUCUUUAAACCUCAGGCUGAGUUCCCAACUGAGCUGAGGGUCGAGAAAUUCUAUCCUCCUUAUUUGGAUCCAUCAUUGGAUGCGAUGAGACCGGAAAUUGUGUUAGAACUGAGCAAUCAGACUGUCGCAUAUAAUGGCCAGAUUCUCAUCACGUUUGGAUUAAACCAGGAGGGUAUAUUGAAGAAAGACAUUCAGGUCACAAUGUAUUCGCCAGCUUUUACUACCCAUGGUAUUAACAUGAAUCAGAGGCAAAUUGACGUUGGAAUCUUGGAGGUGCGUGAUAACAUUGCUGAUAAAAGACUUCACACCGUUAUUGCUACUGCACCCCCAUCAGGCGCCAUUGCUCCUCCUGGGUAUUAUCUUACUUUUGUUGUUUAUAAAGGAGUGCCCAGCAGUCUUUCAAUGUGGCUUCAAAUCAAGUAA